AUGGAAACAAUCACUCACAUCUAUGACCCGAAGCGGCCCCUCCUCCUUCUAGAAUACAGAAUCACCAGCAACAAGACCUCUCUCCAAGCAACAUCCUCACCUCCCAACGUUCUUCUGUUCGUGGGCGGACUCUACGACAACUUUCGGAGCCCACGCUACGUCGACGACUUGGCUGCGCUGUUCCCGCGCGAUGUUGCAGGCCAGGCAUGGCGCGUGAUGCACGUCCAGCUUUCGACUAACGGGAGGAGCUGGGGAUUAUUUGAUCUAGAUCGUGAUGUCAAGGAAAUCGCCGCCGCAAUCACAUAUAUCAGAGACACCAUAACCCAGUCUCCUUCGACGCCCGUGGUUUUGAUGGGCCAUUCUACCGGCUGUCAGGACCUGAUGCACUAUCUUAUUUCUCCCGUGUCGACAUCCUCUGCGCGCCCCAAUAUCUCAGGCGCAAUCUUACAGGCGCCCGUCUCGGACCGCGAAGCAAUUUUGCAUUCUGCGUCUGAGUCGUCGGCUGCAAAAGCAAGCUACGAAGCAUGUCUGCAAGUCGCUUACUCGACGCCCCGGGAGAAACACAAGACCACAAUUAUACCCCUGGAUGUCAUCACGCCUCUCUUUGGCCCUGUUCCGGUGACCGUUUUCCGCUUCCUCAGCUUAGCGUCACCGGAUUCGCCAGAGAAGCCAGCAAUGGACGACUACUACUCCAGUGACCUGUCCGAUCAGCGGCUUCGAGAGACGUUUGGUCUGAUUGGGGCCGUUCCGCAUCUCCUGCAGCCAUCAUCAGGCCAUGGAGGGACGAAAAGCCUCUUGAUUCUCCAGGGCGCUAACGACCAGAGUAUCCCCCCGACGGUAGAUAAACCCCACCUGCUCUCACGCUGGAAGUCGGCGUUGGAAUCCACUGGCGAGGCAGCACUGUCCCGCCAUUCCCUCAUCAUUCCCCAUGCGAAGCACGACAUCUCGGGCGAGUCAAAAGAGGCGCGCAGAGCACGUCUCGUGGUCAUGCGCGGCGCCGUGCUGAAGUACCUUGAAGAUGUGGUCGGUGGCAUUGAUGCGCCUUCGAGGGUCGAUGACAGCAACGGAACGAGCCCGUGGGCGAUCCUGGAGAAGGAUCUGAAGGACAUUGAAAGUGGAAAUGACGUUGGGAAGAGCGCGGAUACCUCUAAAUUAUGA